UCCGAGUAUGUGUCCCCGCGUCCGGCUUCCUUAGGUAGUUCUUCCUUAGGUAGUUGCUGCAUUCCUACAUCACUCGGUUGAAGCAAUAAGCGCGUGCGACUGGGCGAGAUUUAAGCCAGGAGCUCUUUCUGUAAUAAGGCUAUAAUAAUGCGUGGGCGUGAUUGAAGCGAGCCGGUCUUUCUCUUAGUCUAUUAUAAUGUUAUGCGACCUUCCCGGAUGCGGUGAAGGACGCACGCCUAUGGGGUACUGGAAGAAGUGAGCAGGGUCGGAAUGUCAAGGCAGGGCACCGAUACUCGCCCGCUCAUCUAGAGGUCAGGCGUGCUGUGCUUAACUUCAUCAUUAGUCAGAGAAGCCAGGCAGGUCUACAGGUAUUCGCUGCUUAGUUCAGUGAAUUUCAUUCUGAUCAAAGCCCAUCAAAGCGAAAGAAGCUCUGUGGCCUGUGGGUCCUUAGAGGGCAGUUGCAUGGUAUCCUUCUUGUUUACCACCAUAGCCAGACAGGUGUCGGGCAAUUACCUGCUAGCGUUCUUGUUCACCUUCAUAGCCAUUGUACCGGGGAUUUGGACAGCAUCUGCCACGCGUAGGGAGUGGGAGUCGUAGCCGUAUGAGGAUGAUGGUGCGAUUGAUAAUCUCAAGCUGCUGAAUCGAAAUUCAAUAUAGCAUCCGCGCGACGGUUUUCCAUUAUAGUUACAGUAAGACAGUUAUCAGAGCCACAGAUAGAGCUACAUAGUCAGGCAUUCGGACAGCCGAACAAGCAAGCACCCACGCGCACCAGGAAGGAUCUGUUGCUGUUUUCCGCCGACUCGGAGGUGGUUUUCGGCAUUUCUGAGGUUUUGGCGGACGAUCGUCCGCGAGCUCUGUGAUCGCCGCGGUGAUCUUGCUAGAUCCCGAUCCCGAUCCCUGCUUCCUACCCCGAAUCUGUGUCGAUAUCCCCCGUGUUCCACGUAAUCCACGUCAGACGUCUUGUGUCUUAUACAACUAAACGUUUACGAUACGACUCUUUUAUUAUUAUUAUUUUUUUUACGAUACGACUCUGGUUUCCCUAGGUAGUGGUUAUUUCGGAGUCUGUGUCUUUUUAACCCCUACCGGUAGGGAAACCUCUGGCGUUCCAUGUAGUCCAGUUCAGAGUGAUUGUGUCUUGUUAAAGGCUUAGACUCUGGUUUGGCCAGACUGUGGCGGUUAUUUAUAGACGGUGUGUCUUUGGUGGAACAGAGCACUUGUUCCCGCGGCCCUCGGCGGCCGUGACUCCGUCUUCCUGCGAUUCUCUCGGACCUUUGUGAUACCGUGCUGCCCCAGUGUCUGGUAGUCUUCCCGCUGUCCUAUCGUGUCUUUCCAUCGUGGCUCGCCCCUUUAAUCACUGUUGACCCUGUGCUGAGCCUCUCGGACGUCUCGGGGUCCGUUUGUUUCCGUGUGGCACCGUUGCUGGCUCCGCACGGGUUUUCUCGCCGGCCUGCAGUGUUGCGUCGCGUUAGGUUGUGGCAGUUGAGCUGUGAGGAGAGCAAUUGCGUUAAGUUGUGACCUUUGCGCUGUGAGGAGAGCGAGGCGCAUCGCUGAGUGCAGGCAGACACAACAGUGAGAUUUGUGGACAGGCUAUAUAGGCAAUCGUCGCUGCUGUGCGACGGAAUGGCAGCAAUGGCCGCCGCUAACCAGAUGUCCUCCGGCAAGAAGAGUCGGCCUAUGCCUUUGAAAUUGUCCUCGUUCAAUCACGUCUCGAGGAAUUGUGAAAAUUUGGACAAGUCCGUGAAAUUCUACGAGGACGUACUUGGCUUCCAACGAAUCAAACGCCCCGACGACUCUAUCGGCUGUGAUGGUGCAUGGUUGUUCAAUUUCGCCGUAGGCAUUGGCAUCCAUCUUCUAUUCCAAGAAGGCGUGUGGAGACCAAAGAAGUGUGGCAUUAUAAACCCGAAAGAAGACCAUAUCUCAUUUCAGUGUGAUGAUGUCAGAGCAAUGGAGCAGAGACUACAGGAACUGGGGGUAAGAUACGUAAAGCAGAUUGUGCGCGAUGGCGAUAUAUUCGUUGAGCAACUCUUCUUCCAUGACCCAGAUGGACAUAUGGUUGAGAUCUGCAAUUGCGAAGCUUUUCCGAUUGUUCCCCUUGUGAGUGCCGGGAGCAAUAAUCAGGGGAUGCAGAGUCAGCUUUCUUCUUCCUUUGGUGGAUGCAAUGGGACUAGUGCCAACAGUGUACCCCCGGUUGAGCAAAGCUGGGAAUAUGGAAGGAAGAAGGGACCACGCGAUUCCAUUGAUCAGAACUGGGAGCAUUCGAGGGCAGCCAUGGUCUCCGUCGGAGGAGAGAACUAUGCUUCUUGCGCUUGAUAUAGGGUAUAUGGGAGCAAACACCCUGUAAAGUGGAACUCGUGGAACUCGUGGGACUUGCGGGACUCGCGGGACUUGGAAGUUGAAGUUGGAGCAGGGGGACCAUCCCAGGACCACCAUAGUCCCCAGGAUCACCAUAGUCUCCAAUGGCAUGUCGCUAAAAAUGACCUUUUUUUUUUUUUACUGCUCGAAAGCAAGUGUCCCAAAUUUCCGUUUUUUUUUUUUUUUUUUUUUUUUUUUUUUGUGUGUGUGUGUGUGUGUGUUGUUUUUGGACCUAUACUACUACACAGUAGUACACACCUAGAAGGAGCGCCGCUUCACGAGCAAAGGUCGUAGAAUGUGCAGAAGUGCUAGAUCAUGCCUUAGACACGUAGAGUGAUGAUGUUUAUCCGACUGCAAGCGUUAAUAGCCUUUAAGGCGUGAUUUGGUACGACUGUUUUGUACAUUUUAUGGCCUCAGGACAAAGGGAUGCAGCUCGUAAAACGGCAUUCCGUAUAGGCUUGCAGCAGGGACUGUAGUGGUUCAAGACGAUGCACAAAAAAGUGGGAAAUUUUGGACAUUUAAUAUCAUGCAAUUGCCAAAAAAAUUGUCAUUUUUAACGCGAAUCGACGCAGGAAUGCAGCCUAUGGGCAAAAGACAGCAUGGUGGUAGGACCAAUGCUCCAGUGGAUGCAAUUGAUUGGAGGCGAGGGCGUACAAGGUUGGCGAUAGGCUCUGAUUUGAAGUAGAUCCACAGCUACAAUUCAACCCCAUGUGGGAUUAUGCUGCUGAAUCGACGCAGGAAUGCAGACGAUGAUGGGUCAAAUAGCCAGGAUGGUGGGAGGAGGAAUGUGGAUCCGGGGAUGCGACGGAUAGGACGUGAGGGCGUGCAAGGGCGGCCGUAGUUUCUGUUUUGAGGGUAUGCGAUUGGUCGGACGUGUGGGCAUGCGAGGGCGGCCGUAGUCUUCCCUUCCGAGGCAACUCCACAGGAACAAUGCAGCCGCAUUUCAAGCCGACGAUGGGUCAAAUAGCCAGGAUGGUGGGAGGAGCAAUGUGGAUCCGGGGAUGCGACGGAUCGGACAUGCGGGCGUGCAAGGGCGGCCGUAGUCUCUGUUUCGAGGGUAUGCGAUUGAUCGGACGUGUGGGCAUGCGAGGGCGGCUGUAGUCUCCCCUUCCGAGGCAACUCCACAGGAACAAUGCAGCUGCGUUUCCGCAUUUCACGUUUGGUGUUACGGUAGAGGGUGUGAUCACUGUGAUGUACAAAUUUGGAUUCAAUGCAGGGACUGACCUGUUUCUUUCAUAUAGUGCCCCCCGAGAUCGGAGAGUGUUUCCCGAUUUUUAAUCCUCUUGUGGGGGGCACUUUCGUUUUGUAAGAGUGUGGAGUUUUUUUCUAAAAUAGGAAUAGGAAGUCGUGGCAAUGCAUGCGUGCAACCUGAGGUCGGCAUUACUCUUUUGAGUCUUUUCAGCCAAUAACAAGUUUGUCAGCCUGGUUCUCAGGAGAACUGGUGCGAGGCAAAAUUAAUGGGUCGGCAUACGAGAGAGUGAAGGUGAAGCUGGGGCAUUCACCGAGACAAUGGAAGAGGUUGGGCACCUGAUGUGCCUGCAAUACAAGGGAGACCUUAUGUGCCUUCCUCCCCGGCUCGUUUCUGCUGUCCCAGCAGUGCUCAGCUGGAUAAUUAUAGGCUGAUAGCUGCAGCAUAUCGGGAUUUCGUCAGGAUGCAGGCUUUUGCAGGGGUGUCGGUCAGAUGGCAUACUGGAAAUGUUCACAUCUUUUGACUGUUGGGGCUUUGUCGGAACGUAGCGGCUUGUAACGGGGUGUUGCAUGCCUCGCUCAUGGAGAUGUAGACACUUUAAUUCACCAGACUAUGCCUCGCUCAUGGAGAUGUAGACACUUUAAUUCACCAGACUAUGUAAUGGUGUAUCGGCAUGGCCGGUUGACAUGUUGAUGGGCUCUGUCAUGCCACGUAUGGCAUAUCACAGCCUGGCAUCUACCCACCUG